AGGAAGCACACAGCUCCCUCCUCGGCAGCUCACACAAGAGUAACCACGUACGCGCUCGCAUCAUGGUGCACUACGAUGAGAGUGAGGCCACCGCCAAAUGCCACGGCGGCGACGAGGUGGCCGUGACGUUCACGUCCACCGUGGUGCCGGCGCUGCCGCUGCAGGAGCACCGCCUGCCGCUCUCCAACCUCGACCUCAUCCUGCCCCCCAUCGACGUCAGCGUCUUCUUCUGCUACGCCGCAGCUGGUACAGGUAGCCACCCCGCGCCGACCCUGAAGGCGGCGCUGGCCAAGGUGCUGGUGGCGUACUACCCGCUCGCCGGCGAGGUCGUGGCCAACGCCGCGGGGGAGCCGGAGCUGCUGUGCAGCGGCCGCGGCGUCGACUUCGCCGAGGCGGCCGCGGACGGCGUCGAGCUGCGGGAGCUGCGGCUCGGCCUGCCGGACGAGAGCGUCGAGGGGCUGGUGCCCAAGAAGAAGUCCGGGGUCAUGAGCGUGCAGGUGACCAAGUUUAAGUGCGGCGGCGCCGUCGUCGGCUGCACGUUCGACCACCGUGUCUGCGACGCCUACUCCUUCAACAUGUUCCUCGUCGCGUGGGCCGCCGCGGCCCGGGGCACGUCCAUCCCGCUGCCCCCGUCCUUCAACCGUUCAUUCCUCGCGCCGAGCAGCCCGCCUCCGUCGUGCACCGCCGGCACCCUCGCCGACCGCCUCUUCCUCCCCGUCAGCCUCGUGCCACCGCCGCCAGCCACAGCGGCACCACCCACAGCUUUCAACCGCAUCUACCACGUGGCCGCCGCCGAUGUCGCCGCGCUGCAGGCCUCGGCGGGACCCGGGCGCACGAAGCUGGAGGCGUUCACGGCCCACCUGUGGCAGCUCUACUCCAGGGCGGCGACGCCGCGGCAGGACUCGUGCUGCAUGGGCGUCGUCGUCGACGGGCGCGGCCGCUUGUGCCCCGACGGCGCCAUGAGGCCCUACUUCGGCAACGUGCUGACCAUCCCCUACGGCGCGUUCGGCGCCGCCGACCUGCGCGACAUGGCGCUCGCGGACGUGGCGGAGGACGUGCACCGAUGGGUGGCGGAGGCGGCGACGGGCGAGCAUUUCCAGGGGCUGGUCGACUGGGUGGAGGCGCAGCGACCCGAGCCCACGGUGGCGAGGGCUUACAUAGGCGGCGGCGACGACGACGGCGGCGAGGGGGAGACGGCCUCGUGCGUGGUGUCGUCGGGACUGAGGCUCCCGUUCGGCGAGGUGGACUUCGGGUGGGGCCGUCCGGCGUUCGCGUCGUACCACUUCCCGUGGCCCGGCGGCGCCGGGUACGUGAUGCCGAUGCCGAGCGCGCGCGGGGGCGGGGACUGGGUGGUGUACGUCCACGCGGCGCCGGAGGUGGUGAAGGUGAUGGAGGAGGAGCCGACGGUGUUCAGAGCCCCGGUGAGCAGCGACAUAUUCGGGUGACGGGAUGCGCCGGCGGCCGGCGGUAUGGAUGUCUUCCCACGUGUGCGAUCCAGAUGCCUGCUUUGCGAGUUCCGCUGGUCAUUAUGUACAGCACAGUACGUGGCUAUAGUACUAUCACUUGUAAUGUGCCGUUCUGUAGAUGUAACUGGGGCUAACAGCGUGUGUCAAGGGUGAUGUGUAUGUGCAUGAUGGAUGUAUCAGACUAUCAGUGUUGUUGUGUCUGGAGAAAAUGAAUGAACCAAAUUGAUCAGAA